AUGGCCUCCAUUCCACCUCCACCGCCACCAGGAUGGAAUGCCGGUGGCGCGCCCCCUCCGCCGCCCGGCAUGAGUGGCGCCCCUCCACCACCUCCUCCUCCAGGCUACCGCCCGCCAGUCAAUCCCAAUGUAGCGAAGUUCGCGCAGAAGAAGACCGAAUGGCUACGUACACAGCGCAACAAGUUCGGCGAGAAACGCAAGGCUGGAUUCGUGGAGACACAGAAGGCUGAUAUGCCACCCGAGCAUUUACGCAAGAUCGUUAAGGAUAUUGGGGACGUCAGCCAGAAGAAGUACAGCAGCGACAAGCGGAGCUAUUUGGGCGCGCUGAAAUAUAUGCCGCAUGCGGUCUUCAAGCUGUUGGAGAAUAUGCCGAUGCCUUGGGAGAGUGCGAGAGAGGUCAAGGUGCUGUAUCAUGUCAAUGGAUGCUUAACGCUCGUAAACGAGACACCGCGGGUGAUUGAGCCAGUCUUCCAUGCGCAAUGGGCCACGAUGUGGGUGUGCAUGCGAAGAGAAAAGAGUGAUCGACGUCACUUCAAGCGAAUGCGAUUUCCACCCUUUGACGACGAGGAGCCGCCACUGAACUGGUCUGAGAAUAUUGAAGACGUGGAACCGCUGGAGCCAAUUCAGAUGGAGCUAGAAGAAGAUGAAGAUUCGCCUGUCCUUGAGUGGUUUUACGAGCAUAGGCCACUGAUUGAUACGCCACACGUCAAUGGGCCGAGCUACCGAUCAUGGAAUCUGUCGCUUCCGCAGAUGGCGACCUUGUAUCGGCUCAGUCAUCAGCUACUCAGCGAUGUGGUCGACAAAAAUUACUUCCACAUGUUCGAUCGGGAAAGCUUUUUCACGGCCAAAGCGUUGAAUGUGGCCAUUCCAGGUGGUCCACGUUUCGAACCGCUCUACAAAGACAUCGACCCGAAUGAUGAGGACUUCGGUGAGUUCAACGCUAUUGAUCGCAUCAUCUUUAGAGCGCCUGUGCGCACCGAGUACAGGGUGGCUUUCCCCUUCCUCUACAACUCUUUGCCCAGGAGUGUUAAAGUGGGUUGGUACUCGCAUCCACAAGUAUGCUAUCAACGAACAGACGACCCGAACCUGCCCGCCUUCUACUUCGACACAACGAUCAAUCCCAUCUCUUCUAGAUCUGUUGCGCCGAAGAACCUGACCAUAAGUCAUGAGGACGAGAUCUUUGGAGAUGCGGAUGAGGACGACUUUGAACUUCCAGGUGAUGUCGAGCCAUUCAUGGCAGAGGAGGAGUUGUACACCGAAGAGACGUCUUCGGCAAUACAGCUUUGGUGGGCUCCAUACCCUUUCGACAGACGGUCAGGCAAAAUGGUCCGCGCCCAGGAUGUACCUCUGGUCAAGCAGUGGUAUCUUGAGCACGUACCCUCAGGCCAGCCAGUCAAGGUCCGGGUCUCGUACCAGAAGCUGCUCAAGUCUUUUGUUUUGAACGAGCUCCAUAAGAAGAAGCCGCAACCGUUGCAGCGCCAGGAUCUUAUGAAGACUUUAAAGUCGACCAAGUUCUUCCAGCAAACCACCAUCGACUGGGUAGAGGCUGGUCUUCAGGUCUGCCGGCAAGGCUUCAAUAUGCUUAAUCUCCUCAUCCAUCGCAAGAACCUGACUUACCUCCAUCUCGAUUACAACUUCAACUUGAAGCCCGUCAAGACCCUGACCACCAAAGAGCGGAAGAAGUCUCGCUUCGGUAAUGCCUUCCAUCUGAUGCGAGAAAUACUGCGCUUAACGAAGUUAAUCGUUGAUGCUCAAGUUCAAUACCGCCUCGGCAACAUUGAUGCUUUCCAACUUGCUGAUGGUAUCCUCUACGCUUUCAAUCACGUCGGUCAAUUGACUGGCAUGUACCGAUACAAAUACAAGCUCAUGCACCAAAUUCGGUCAUGCAAGGAUCUGAAGCAUCUCAUUUACUACCGCUUCAACUCCGGCCCGGUCGGCAAAGGCCCUGGCUGCGGCUUUUGGGCACCAGCCUGGAGGGUGUGGCUGUUCUUCAUGCGAGGUAUAAUUCCACUGCUGGAGCGGUGGCUCGGCAAUCUGCUAUCAAGACAGUUUGAAGGUCGUCACAGCAAAGGUGUGGCCAAGACCGUGACCAAGCAGCGCGUUGAGUCGCACUUUGAUCUCGAGCUCCGCGCUUCCGUCAUGGCCGAUCUCAUGGACAUGAUGCCGGAGGGCAUUCGACAGAAUAAGGUCAACACCGUUCUGCAGCAUUUGUCCGAAGCUUGGAGAUGCUGGAAGAGUAAUAUUCCCUGGAAGGUGCCUGGCUUGCCUGCGGCCAUCGAGAACAUCAUCCUACGAUAUGUAAAGAGUAAGGCCGAUUGGUGGAUCUCUGUGGCUCAUUACAACCGGGAGCGCAUCCGUCGGGGCGCAACCGUUGACAAGACAGUCGCAAAGAAGAACUUGGGUCGCCUCACACGUCUCUGGCUCAAGUCCGAACAGGAACGACAACAUAACUAUCUCAAAGACGGACCUUAUGUGUCUUCCGAGGAGGCCGUCGCCAUUUAUGCCACCACUGUUCACUGGCUCGAAUCGAGAAAGUUCACUCCGAUUCCGUUCCCCAGCGUAUCGUACAAGCACGAUACGAAGAUCCUCAUUCUUGCGCUUGAGCGAUUACGAGAAGCAUACUCAGUCAAAGGUCGCCUCAACCAGAACCAGCGUGAAGAGCUAGCACUCAUUGAGCAAGCUUACGACUCGCCCGGAACAACACUCGCUCGAAUCAAGCGCUUCCUGCUUACCCAGCGGGCUUUCAAAGAGGUUGGCAUAGAUAUGAACGACAACUACAGCUCCAUUAAUCCAGUUUAUGAUGUGGAGCCAAUUGAGAAGAUCACAGACGCUUAUCUGGACCAGUACCUCUGGUAUCAAGCAGAUACACGCCACCUUUUCCCUUCCUGGGUGAAGCCAUCAGACUCUGAAGUUCCGCCACUGCUAACCUACAAGUGGGCUCAGGGCAUCAAUAACUUGACCAACGUCUGGGAGACUGCUGAUGGCGAGUGCAACGUCAUGAUAGAGACUCAGCUGUCGAAGGUCUACGAGAAGAUUGAUCUAACUCUGCUCAACCGCCUCUUGCGACUCAUCAUGGACCACAACUUGGCGGAUUACAUUACAUCGAAGAACAAUGUUCAACUAAACUACAAGGACAUGAAUCAUACCAACAGCUACGGUCUGAUUCGCGGUCUUCAGUUCUCAGGAUUUAUCUUCCAGUACUACGGUCUGGUAAUUGAUCUUCUACUGCUUGGCUUGCAGCGUGCGAGCGAGCUUGCUGGCCCGCCUCAGAGUCCAAACGAUUUCUUGCAGUUCCGUGAUCGCGAGACCGAGACCAGACAUCCCAUCAGGCUCUACACUAGAUAUAUCGACAAGAUCUGGGUUUUCUUCCGCUUCUCUGCUGAGGAAUCCAAGGAUCUGAUACAGCGCUUCUUGACCGAGCAACCCGAUCCAAAUUUUGAGAACGUCAUUGGCUACAAAAACAAGAAAUGCUGGCCUCGCGACUCGAGAAUGCGAUUGAUGCGCCACGAUGUCAACCUCGGACGUGCAGUGUUCUGGGACCUGAAGAACAGAUUGCCCCGCUCCAUCACUACGAUCGAGUGGAACGAUACCUUCGCCAGUGUCUAUUCGAGAGGAAACCCCAAUUUGCUUUUCUCGAUGUGUGGUUUCGAAGUCCGCAUCUUGCCAAAAUGCCGAACACAGGAUGAUGAGUUCUCCACCAAGGACAGUGUCUGGGCUCUGGCCAACAACGAAACCAAAGAGCGCACUGCGUAUGCCUUCCUACAGGUUACUGAAGACGACAUUGCCAAGUUCAAUAAUCGCAUUCGGCAGAUCCUGAUGUCUUCCGGUAGUACCACCUUCACGAAGAUUGCCAACAAGUGGAACACCACGCUCAUCGCACUGUUCACCUAUUAUCGAGAGGCUGCUGUUUCCACAGUGUCCCUUCUCGACAUUAUCGUGAAGUGCGAGACCAAGAUUCAGACCCGUGUCAAGAUUGGUCUGAACUCGAAGAUGCCUUCCCGCUUCCCGCCAGCUGUGUUCUACACCCCAAAGGAAUUAGGCGGUCUUGGCAUGAUAUCGGGAUCGCAUAUUCUCAUUCCGACAAGUGACAAACGAUGGUCGAAGCAGACCGACACCGGGGUCACUCAUUACCGUGCCGGCAUGACUCACGAUGAAGAGACUCUCAUUCCCAAUAUCUUCCGAUAUAUCAUUCCUUGGGAGGCUGAGUUCAUUGAUUCACAACGAGUGUGGACCGAGUAUUCGCAGAAGCGAAUGGAGGCCAAUCAGCAGAAUCGCCGACUGACGCUUGAAGAUUUAGAGGACAGCUGGGAUCGUGGUCUACCUCGUAUUAAUACUCUUUUCCAAAAGGACCGCAGUACCCUCAGUUUCGACAAAGGUUUCCGUGCCCGCACCGAAUUCAAGCAGUAUCAACUUAUGAAGAGCAAUCCCUUCUGGUGGACAAGCCAGCGUCACGAUGGCAAGCUUUGGAAUUUAAAUGCGUACAGAACGGAUGUCAUUCAGGCCCUAGGAGGUGUCGAGACGAUCCUGGAGCACACAUUGUUCAAGGCUACGGCCUUCCCGUCGUGGGAAGGUCUCUUUUGGGAACGCGCCUCUGGCUUCGAAGAAUCAAUGAAAUUCAAGAAGUUGACCAACGCCCAACGAAGCGGUCUCAAUCAGAUUCCCAACCGUCGAUUCACUCUCUGGUGGAGUCCAACCAUCAACAGAGCGAACGUGUACGUUGGUUUCCAAGUUCAGCUCGAUUUGACUGGAAUCUUUUUGCACGGCAAGAUCCCGACACUCAAGAUCUCACUCAUCCAGAUCUUCCGAGCCCAUUUGUGGCAGAAGAUUCAUGAGAGUGUGGUGAUGGAUCUGUGCCAGGUGUUCGAUCAAGAACUCGAGCAGCUUGGCAUCGAGAAUGUGCAGAAGGAGACCAUCCACCCGAGAAAGUCAUACAAGAUGAACAGCUCAUGCGCCGACAUUCUGCUCUUUGCCAGCCACAAGUGGAAUGUUACCCGCCCAUCUUUGCUCUUUGAUACCAAAGACCAGAUAGAGGCCACCAUGACUAACAAGUUCUGGCUCGAUGUUCAGCUAAGAUAUGGUGAUUACGACUCUCACGACAUUGAACGUUAUGUCAGAGCGAAAUAUCUCGACUACACGACCGACAGCCAGAGCAUCUACCCUUCGCCCACCGGUCUUAUGGUCGGCAUCGAUCUCGCCUACAACUUGUAUUCAGCGUACGGCCAGUACUUCCCUGGUCUCAAGGCUCUUAUUCAGCAGGCCAUGGCAAAGAUCAUGAAGGCCAACCCGGCGCUUUACGUCCUCCGUGAGCGGAUCAGAAAAGGCCUGCAACUCUACGCAUCUGAGAGUAACCAGGAGUUCCUGAAUUCUCAAAACUACUCCGAGCUGUUCAGCAACCAGACUCAACUGUUUAUUGAUGACACCAAUGUGUACCGAGUCACCAUUCAUAAGACCUUCGAAGGCAAUUUGACCACAAAGCCCAUUAACGGCGCGAUCUUCAUCUUCAAUCCCAAAACAGGCCAGCUGUUCUUGAAAAUCAUUCAUACGAGUGUUUGGGCUGGCCAGAAGCGUCUUGGUCAGCUAGCCAAGUGGAAGACUGCCGAGGAAGUCGCGGCCUUGAUCAGAUCACUGCCUGUUGAGGAGCAACCCAAACAGCUUAUUGUGACUCGCAAAGGUCUACUUGAUCCGCUCGAGGUUCACCUGCUCGACUUCCCAAACAUCUCUAUCAGAGCGUCGGAACUACAGCUGCCCUUUAAGGCUGCUGUGAAGGUCGAAAAGCUGGCUGACAUGAUCCUUCAGGCCAAGGAGCCGCAGAUGGUCCUCUUCAAUCUCUACGACGAGUGGCUGAAGUCAAUAUCGUCGUAUACCGCUUUCUCGCGUCUUGUGCUGAUUUUGAGAGCUCUUCAUGUCAACCCUGACAAGACCAAGCUCCUCCUACGGCCUGACAAGACAGUCAUCACACAAGCCCACCACAUCUGGCCUUCGUUGUCGGACGAAGACUGGGUCAAGGUCGAGAAAGAGCUGAUGAAUCUCAUCCUCAAUGACUAUGGCAAGAAGAAUAACGUUAAUGUCCAGGCCCUCACUCAGAGUGAAGUCAGAGAUAUCAUCCUCGGCAUGGAAAUAUCGGCCCCGUCUAUGCAACGUCAACAAGCCAGCGAGAUUGAAGAAGGCAACCAGGACCAGCAACAGCUCACUGCCGUCACAACGAAGACCCAGAACGUUCGUGGCGAGGAGAUCAUCGUUACCACUACCUCGCAGUAUGAGCAGCAAUCUUUCGCCUCGAAGACUGAGUGGCGCACCCGUGCUAUCGCCAGCUCGAAUCUGCGAACUCGCGCCAACAAUAUCUACGUUUCGAGCGACGAUGUUACUGACACUGAGGAGUCUUUCACAUACAUUCUGCCCAAGAAUAUUCUUAAGAAGUUCAUCACCAUCGCCGACCUCCGCGUGCAAGUUGCCGCCUAUAUCUAUGGUUCUUCUCCCCCAGACAACUCACAAAUCAAGGAGAUCCGCAGCAUCGUCAUGAUUCCGCAGGUCGGCGGUCUGCGCGACGUGCAGCUCCCACAACAACUACCGCAGCACGAGAAUCUCAAGGGCCUCGAGCCGCUCGGAAUCAUCCACACCAUGUCUGGCAAUGAGACUCCGUACAUGACACCACAAGAUGUCACCACACACGCCCGCCUCAUGGAGCGCUUCGACAGCUGGGACAAGAAGACCGUCACAUUGAGCGUCGCCUUUACACCCGGCUCGGUGUCGCUGUCCUCCUGGGGCCUGACUCCCGAGGGCUACAAAUGGGGCGCCACGAACAAGGACACGCAGUCCGACAACCCCGCGGGCUUCAGCACCAGCUUCGGCGAGAAGAAACAGCUGCUGCUCAGCGACAAGAUCAGGGGCUAUUUCAUGGUGCCGGAGAACGACGUGUGGAACUACGCCUUCAUGGGCGCCAGCUUCGGCGGAGUCGAGAAGCGACCCAUCUACGUCAAAGUGGAUGUGCCCAAGGGCUUCUACGACGGCGCGAUGCGGCCGGUGCACUUCAGCAGCUUUGGCGAACUGGAGGAUGGGGGUGUCGAUCGGGAGGAUAUGUUUGCUUAA